AUCCACAAAAAGAAAGAAAGAAAGAAAAAGCACAUCAAUUCUUUCUUUUUUGUGACUACAUAAGAAACUGUCACCGGGAAUUCCUUAAAAGAUCUUGGAAGAAAAUAAUAUUGAGAUCAAUAUGGCAGACUCCAGCAGUCGUGUAUUUGCGAUUUCGCUUAUAAUACUAGCAGUUUCAGUAUUACCAGUUUAUGGGCAGAUUACUACAGCAUGUUCAGCCCCCACGGUUACUAGCUUCACGCCUUGCUUGAAUUUUAUAACUGGUAGUAGUGGAAGUGGGAGUUCACCAACAUCUGAUUGUUGUUCUACAUUUAAGGAGAUUAUGGGUAGUAGUAUGGAUUGUGCCUGCCUUUUAAUUACUGGAAAUGUUCCGUUCCAGUUACCAAUUAAUCGAACACUAGCAAUCUCACUCCCUCGUGCUUGCAAAAUGUCCGGAGUCCCUGUUGAAUGCAAAGCUAAUACUGGCAGUCCUCUGCCAGCUCCAAGUCCAUUCUCAUUUGGUUCUCCCUCGCCUAGUCCACUAUCAUCAUCUAGUCUCACUCCCUCUGCAUCAUUUACUCCUGAAUCGGAAGCACCUGAAUCAGUUCCACUGCCAGCAUCUCCGCCACUGGACUCUACACCCACUGCCAUCUCAGGACGUCGGCCAGUUUUGACACCUACUAAUGCAGCAUGUACCAAGCUCCCUCGCUUUUCUACCACAUCUCUCUUGUUUGCUUUUGGGGUCUUGCUUCUCAAGUACUAACACCCAAUUUGAGCUCUAGCCGAUUAUGUCUGUUUCAGUUUCCUACUUCUCCAUUUGUUGAUUAUUGAUUAUUCUCUAUUAUAUUUUUUCGUGGGUUCUUUGCUUCUUGUGUGAUAUAGAAUUUACAAAUUUUGCA